CGGAGGAGAAGAAGGAGCAGGUUGAGUUGCAGUCCUUCGCAAUGGAGAUCAGAGAUCCUGAGACAAAGAGGCAUUUGUCAAAUCUCCCUCAAGAACUGCCUUUCAGGGGGAUCCCUCAGGGAGAUCCAGUUCAGGACACCUCAGGAGGGAAGAAUAGAAGGAAGUCGACUCUUUGUUUGGGGGGAGCGGAAACCAUGACUGAACCUCCAACUCAGGAGGGUCUUCUGCCCUUUGAGGAGGUGGCUGUUUAUUUCUCAAAGGAGGAAUGGUCUCAACUGGAUCCUGACCAAAAAGCUCUGCAUUGGGAAGUCAUGCUGGAGAAUUAUAAGAAUGUGGCCUCUCUUGGUGAGAAUGAGAAUAAUGAUUCUGGAGAACCAUUCCAAGUAUUCAGACAAGGAGAUGUAAUGGAGAAACCUGCAAUUCAAACAGAAUUCCAAAAUCAGGAGAGAAACCUGUUGAAUAACUGGAAUAAGGAAAGGUUAUCUCCUUCAAUUGUUUCUCAGAUGCAGGACUUUAUUGAUCAACAAGAAAAACUAAAGAAGAAAUAUAUUGAGAAAGGUGUAAGAAUCUUCAAAGAGACAUUAAAUGUAAAUGGACCAUGUCCAUCACAAGCCAAAGGAGGAGCCAAUAUGGGCAAAGACAAAGGAAAGAAAUACAGAUGGAAGUUCACACAUUCUCAAGAAAAUGGGUCUCUUGAGUCACAGAAAAGUUUUCACAUGGGAGAGAAGACAAAUAAAUGCAAUGAACAUGGAAAAAAGACUGUUAAUAAAAAGACAUCCACAAUGGAGAAGCCAUAUAAAUGCAUGGAGUGUGGAAAGGACUUCGGAACACGCAGUAAGCUUACACUCCAUCAAAGGAUCCACACAGGAGAGAAGCCAUAUAAAUGCAUGGAGUGUGGAAAGGGCUUCAUCCAAAACAAUCACCUUAUUACCCAUCAAAGGAUCCACACAGGGGAGAAGCCCUAUAAAUGCAUGGAGUGUGGAAUGGACUUUGGAAGACGCAGUAAUCUUACAAUCCAUCAAAGGAUCCACACAGGAGAGAAGCCCUAUAAAUGCAUGGAGUGUGGAAAGGGCUUUAUCCGAAACACUAGCCUUAUUAGCCAUCAAAGGAUGCACACAGGGGAGAAGCCCUAUAAAUGCAUGGAGUGUGGAAAGGUCUUCAGAAGAAGCAGUGAACUUACACGCCAUCAAAGGAUCCACACAGGGGAGAAGCCAUAUAAAUGCAUGGAGUGUGGAAAGGGCUUCACCCAAAACAAUCACCUUAUUACCCAUCAAAGGAUCCACACAGGGGAGAAGCCCUAUAAAUGCAUUGAGUGUGGAAAGGACUUCGGAACACGCAGUAAUCUUACACCCCAUCAAAGGAUCCACACAGGAGAGAAGCCCUAUAAAUGCAUGGAGUGUGGAAAGGACUUCGGAACACGCAGUAAUCUUACAGUCCAUCAAAGGAUGCACACAGGGGAGAAGCCAUAUAAAUGAAUGGAGUGUGGAAAGGGCUUCAGAACAAGCCAUGAACUUACAUGUCAUCAAAGGAUGCACGCAGGGGAGAAGCCAUAUAAAUGCAUGAAGUGUAGAAAGGGCUUCAGCACACCCCAUAGUCUUAUUUCCCAUAACAUGAUUCAUAGACUGGAGAAUCCCCCAAACAAAGAUACAUUUGGAUGAGAAUGUAUGCUAAUUAUUGAUUUAAUGGAUUCUCUGAAUGGAUUUCAAAUUUACAGACUGAACUCUGAAAAAGGUUUUUAGUAAUGAAAAAAGAAACAAUAGGCAUGGGUCAUUAUAAUUAUGAUUUAUAUAUUUUUGAAUGUAUCUAUAUAUACAGUAUAUAGAAAUGUCAAAUUAGCGGCUCACAGGCUGGUUGUGUUACGUGAAGGACACGCCUACCCCAGCUCCGCGAAUAGGGAAACUGUUGCAAUAUGUCACAUGAUGGCCACGUGACACAUGGAGUUUGAAAUCCGUGGUAUAUAUGUUCAUUUUAUUUUAUUUUUUAGAAAUGAGUUUCCUGUUUUCCAACUGCCAGCAGUCUCCCAGUUAGUCAUAGCUCUCAGAGCGAUGCGAAGACAUUUAACAGAUGCUGCUUCCCUAAGCCCAAAAGGAAAAUUUCAAAAAA